AUGAAUCCUCCGCCACCGGCCGGCGCCGCGGCCGGCUUUCACACCUUGCACCCCGAAAUCAUCGAUUCUCACAUCCUCAGCCGUUUGAACGGCCCAGCCCUCGCCUCCGCCGCGUGCUGCUCCACCGCUCUCCGCCGUCAGGCCUCUCACCACAACCUAUGGCUCAGCAUAUGCCACUCAACAUGGCCGGCCACCGCCUCUCCGCGCCUCACCCAACUCAUUUCCACCUUCCCCGGCGGCGGCCCCCGUGCUUUUUUCUCUCACGCAUUUCCUCUCCUCUCCCAACGCCCCAUCACCCACCCUUCCUCCGCCCCGCCGGAGAUACUCUCCGCCGUCGACAUACAUUACGACGGCAAACUAAUCUUCACCAAGCUCCACUCCACCGAAACAGGCGGCGACUGGUUCCGGUGGUCGCCUUUCCGGGUCGACCUUCUAGAACUCAAGGACUCCGCCCACGCCGCCGUCAAGAUCUCCGACGGCGACGGUGCCGGCAUGCAUGAAGGAAUUCUAGAUAGAAUGACGCUGAGCUGGAUUCUGAUUGAUCCGGCGGGGAGGCGGGCGGCGAAUUUGUCGUCGCACGAGCCCGUCUCCGUGAGGCGGCACUGGCUGACGGGGGAAAUGGAGGUGCGAUUUGGAUCGAUAUUGGGCGGCGACGGAGGUCACGUGCAGUGCGGGAUAGUAGUCACGUGCGGCGGCGAGAUGGAGGUGAAGGGAGUGAGGCUGGAGAUGGAGGACAUGGAUGGGAAGCAUUUGAAUGGGAAGGAGAGUGUAGUCAUUUUGCAGGGGGCGUUGGUGGGCAAAAAGGGCGCCGGGAAGAACAGGGGGGCGGUGGCGCGGCGGAGGUACGCAGAGUUUGAGGAGAUGAAGAAAGAGAGAAGAGAGAGAGAGUUGAGGAGGGAGGGAGAUUGGGACAUGGUGUGUUUAGCUAUUGGAGUAUCCAUUUAUUUCUAUUUUUGGUAUUAUUUUUUGUAAUUGUAAUUAAAGAUAGUGUCAUCUUGGAUUUGUUUUCUUUUUAAUUACUAUACUAUUUUAUUUUGGAUUAUUCACCUAUAAA